ACCCUGCAGGACGUGGCAGGGAUGAUCCGGAGCAGGGAGUGUCGGCGGGUGGUGGUGAUGGCUGGAGCAGGGAUCAGCACCCCCAGCGGCAUCCCGGAUUUCAGGUCCCCGGGGAGCGGCCUCUACAGCAACCUGGAGCAGUACAACAUCCCCUACCCAGAAGCCAUCUUCGAGCUGACCUACUUCUUCAUUAACCCCAAGCCCUUCUUCACUCUGGCCAAGGAGCUCUACCCUGGCAACUACAGACCCAACUAUGCCCACUACUUCCUCAGGCUCCUGCACGACAAGGGGCUCCUCCUGCGCCUCUACACCCAGAACAUCGACGGGCUGGAGAGAGUUGCUGGGAUCCCUCCUGACAAGCUGGUGGAAGCCCACGGCACCUUUGCCACUGCCACGUGUACCGUCUGCCGAAGGAACUUCCCAGGAGAGGACUUCAGGGGGGACGUCCUGGCAGAGAAGGUCCCUCGCUGUCCUGUCUGCACUGGAGUGGUCAAGCCUGACAUUGUGUUCUUUGGUGAGGAGCUCCCACAGCGCUUCCUCCUCCACCUGACAGACUUCCCCAGGGCAGACCUGCUCUUCGUCAUCGGGACGUCCCUGGAGGUGGAGCCCUGCGCCAGCCUGGCGGGAGCCGUGCGUGGCUCCGUGCCCCGGGUGCUGCUCAACAGGGACCUGGUGGGACCCUUCGCCUGGCACCAGCGCCACAGGGACGUGGCCCAACUCGGGGACGUGGUCAGCGGGGUCGAGAAGCUGGUGGAGCUGCUGGGCUGGACUGAGGAGAUGCAGACACUAAUGCAGAAGGAGAAACAAAAGCUGGAUGCAAAAGACAAGUAGGGCAGCUGGCUCCCGGCUGCUGGAGAGCAA